AGACUACAAAUCUACGAAACAUAAAGUGUGUUGCUGUUCCAUCCAUAAAAGAGACAACCUUGUAAUGAACCUUUUUCAUUGCUAUGUAGAUCGAUGAUAAUGUCCAGGGUUCAUCCUUCAUUGAGAAAAUUAAACGAUGAUGAUGAUGAAGAAGGCCCUGCAGCAACCAUGAGACUGAGUCCGUCGGCGUGGACCGUGUGGAAGAAGUCGAGCAUGGCGUUUCAAGGAACGGAUGGGUUCUCCAUCUACGACAGCGAGGGGCGACUGGCCUUCCGGGUGGACAACUAUUCGAGGAAGCACAAGUGCUUUGCAGGAGCACUCCUGCUGAUGGAUGGAGAAGGGAAGGCUCUGAUGGCUCUGAAGCCUCAGCAGAUUCUGAGCGUGCGUGACAAAUGGAGUGGAUUCAAAUGCGGGGAUGGUCUGGAAAUGAGUCACAGAACUCAUGCUUUCUCCAUGAGGAGGAGGUCCAUCCUCAACGGAUGUGAGCAAGCAGAGGUGUUCAUGGAUUCAUCGUCUUCCGCUGCCAGCUUCAGGACUGAAGGCUGCUUCAGAAGAAGAAACUGCGAGAUCAAGGACGGGAAGGGAGAGGAAGUGGUGGCGCGGAUCAGUAGGAAGAAGGUGAAGAACAACUCGGUGACACUGGGAGACGAUGUGUUCAGCUUGGUGAUUCAACCAGGAGUGGAUGCAGAGCUCGUCAUGGCGUUUCUUGUCGUCAUGGAUCGCAUCUUCUAGUAAUA